AAUUUAUUAAGUACUGCGUUAUUUAUUAUGUUCAUUUUUUCAGAUGUCUUACUCUAGGAGGUCACGCUAUUCCCCUUCUCCAUCCCCAUACAAGAGGUACAGAGGGUCCAUCUCACGAUCCUUGUCAAGGAGUGCUGAAAGUGAUGUUGAAAAUCCUGGGAACAAUUUGUAUGUGACAGGCUUGUCACAUCGGAUCACCAAGAAAGAGCUGGAGAAGCAUUUUGCUAGUGAGGGGAAGGUGGUUGAUGUUCAUCUUGUGGUUGAUCCGUGGACAAGGGAAUCCCGUGGUUUUGGAUUUGUUACAAUGUCGACUAUAGAGGAAGCUGAACGAUGCAUCAAGUAUUUGAACCGCUCUGUUCUUGAAGGGCGUGUCAUUACAGUGGAGAAGGCUAAGAGGCUGAGGGGGAGAACUCCUACUCCUGGAAGGUAUUUGGGAUUGAGAACUGCUCGUGCUUGUCAUCGAUCUCGAAGCUACUCAUCUUGUAGGUCUCCAAGUUAUUCUUCUUACUUGAGGAGCCGCAGUCGAUCUCAUCGUUAUUCAUCUGACAAGAGUAGAUCUUGCUCCCCUCGACACAGGGUGUACUCACGUUCUCCCUCCCCUUAUAGUAUUUGUUCAGAUGACCGCAACUACGGAAGACGUGACCGUUCCUACUCUCCUGAUGAUAGAUGCUACAGAAGACGGGAUAGGUCUUACACUCCAGAUGAACAUUACUACCGUAGGCGAGAUCGUUCCUACUCACCUGAUGAUCGAUGCUAUAGAAGGCGGGAUCGUUCCUAUUCACGAGAUGAUCGAUACUGUAGAAGGCGGGAUCGUUCCUACUCACCAGAAGAUCGGUACUACAGAAGGCGGGAUCGUUCCUACUCACCAGAAGAUCGGUACUACAGAAGGCGAGAUCGUUCCUACUCUCCAGAUGAUAGUCACAGUAGGAGACGAAACAGGGCCUAUGAUUUAGCAGACUGUAGAAGUUAUAGAGGCCGUUCUGCUUCUGGGAGCCCUACGCCACCUAGGUCAAGGAAAAGUUCUUGGAGGAGCUGCUCACGAAGUGUAAGUGUGAGCCCUAAGCGAAAGAGAAGCUCAAGGCAGAGGUCGAGGGACAUCUCACGAAGCAUUUCUCCAUCACGUAAGAAAAGUACCAAGGGUCCAGAGGGAGUGUCUCUUCGCAGCCGCUCUAGAAGUGCGAGUCUGUCAUCCAGAUCAUCCAGAUCUGUUUCAAGAUCAGUGACUCCUAGGUCCGAUUCUUCAUCCUGAAGGGUAGUGACGGAUAUAUAUAUGCUCUGCUAUAGUUGAUAUGUAAUCUGAAUGGAACGUGUCCUUUUUAAGUGACUGGCUUUGUUUUUAGGGAUUUUAUUAUUAGGAUUGUGAAGCU